AUGGCAAAAACUAAAGUGACGGGUGCCACUAGUAGGCUUAAGCAAGAUUACCUUAGACUCAAGAAUGAUCCUGUACCAUAUGUUACUGCAGAGCCUGUGCCUUCGAAUAUUUUGGAAUGGCAUUACGUUGUGAAAGGACCAGAGAAAAGUCCUUAUGAAGGAGGUUACUAUCAUGGUAAAAUUAUUUUCCCCAGGGAAUUUCCGUUUAAGCCGCCUUCUAUUUAUAUGAUUACACCAAAUGGAAGAUUUAAAACCAAUACAAGAUUAUGCCUUAGCAUUACUGAUUUUCACCCUGAUACUUGGAAUCCUGCAUGGUCCAUCUCAACCAUUUUAACUGGACUGCUUAGUUUUAUGUUGGAGAAAACCCCAACUUUGGGGUCCAUAGAGACUUCUGAUUACCAGAAACGCUGUUUGGCAGCUGAAUCCCUUGAAAUUAAUAUUAAAAAUAAAAUGUUCUGUGAGCUCUUUCCUGAAUAUGUAGAAGAAAUUGAGCAACAGUUAAAACAAAGACAGGAAGCGAUGUUACAUGCUGGUAAUUCUAACUCUGACAGUGAAAGUGAAGUGACUACAGAACAGCAAUCAAACAUGUAUUAUAUUUUAACAAAUUUGUUUGUGUUGGUUGGUUUUGUGUUCCUUGCAUACAUGGUGAAAUAUGUUUUAAUUUCUAUCUCUGAUUAG